AUUAUAAUGAAAACAAAAUCCCAGGAAAUAAUGCUUCCUCUAUGGAAUUUUCUCUUCUUCUCCUUCCUCCAUUUCUCAUCCUUCACUGUGGCUUUCGGCGGUACCGGUAAUUCAUCGGCAUCGGAAAACCCAUUUUCGCCAAAAGCCUCGUUCGUUCGUUAUUGGAACAAACAGCUCAACAGGGACAUCCCAAAGACACACUUUUUAAUCUCCAAAGUAUCGCCUUUAACUGCCGUGGACUCCGCCAUUUUCUCCAAACUAGCCGCCCAAAACCACCUCGAUUCUCGUCUCCCUUCCUUUUGCUCCUCCGCUAAACUCUUUUGUUUCCCCGAUUUAUCGCUGAGUCUCGAGAAACACUCCAAAGACGUUAACUUCGCCACCUACCUCAACAAGAACUUCACCGAUUACGGCUCGGGUAGUCUCGCUGGAGCCGAUACAUUCAAGAACUACUCUGAAAACGACUCGUUCCGCCGAUACACCCGGAACUCCGUCGGUCACAAGGAUCAAUUCAACAAUUACGCCAGCGGAUCAAAUGUCGUCGACCAGAGCUUCAACACCUAUUCCACCGCCGCCACUGGUGGUUCCGGGAACUUCGACAACUACAACCACGAAGUUAACGUCCCUAACCUCAAAUUCACUUCUUACUCCGAUGAAUCCAACGGUCAUGGACAGUCAUUCACGCGCUACACUGAGAACGCCAACGCCGGGGAGCAGUCGUUUUCGAAUUACGGCAAAAACGGCAACGGAGUUCCUAACGAGUUCAGUAGCUACGGGAAAGGAUCAAAUGUGAUCGGGUCAGAUUUUUCCGGUUAUGGACAAACAGCGAACGGAGCUAAAGAUACUUUCACUUCGUACGCAUUUGAUAUUUCCAACGAUCCGGCGAAUGGUUUCAAGAACUACGGCGAAGGUGGCAACGCCGCCGUUGACAGUUUCUCAACUUACAGAGACCAUGCCAAUGUAGGUGACAGCUCUUUCCAGUCUUACGCUAAAGGUUCCAAUGGAGCUGAAGUUGAUUUCACCAACUAUGGCCAAUCAUUCAACGAAGGAACCGAGAAAUUCACCGGAUACGGCCAAGGAGCCGACGGACAAUCCAUCGGAUUCAAUAUCUACGGAAGAAACACCACUUUCAAGGAUUAUGCUAAAAAGGGUGUAACUUUCAAAAAAUACAACCAGAGUUUAAAUUCAGCUGAAACUGCUCAAGGCCAUUGGGUGGUGGAGGCCGGAAAAUUCUUCCGGGAAAAAAUGUUAACACAAGGAACGGUGAUGCAAAUGCCGGACAUUAAGGAUAAGCUGCCGGCGAGAUCGUUUUUGCCACGGACUAUUCUUUCCAAAAUACCGUUUUCGUCUUCGAAGAUCGGUGAACUGAAACGGAUAUUCCACGCAGGUGAUAACUCGUCACUGGAGACCAUAAUGCUAAACGCUUUGAAAGAAUGCGAACGAGCGCCGAGCCCCGGCGAGAUCAAGCGGUGUGUGGGCUCGGCCGAGGACAUGCUCGACUUCGCCACCUCCGUUUUGGGGCGGAGAGUGGAUGUUCGCACGACGGAAAACGUUAAUGGGUCAAAGAACUAUAUAAAGAUAGGGGAAGUACGGAAGAUCAACGGUGGGAAAGUGACGAAAUCAGUCUCUUGUCACCAGAGUUUGUACCCGUAUUUACUUUACUACUGCCACUCGGUUCCCAAAGUCCGGGUCUACGAAGCUGAUAUUCUGGAUCCGAAUUCAGGGAAGAAGAUAAACCAUGGUGUCGCCAUCUGUCAUUUGGAUACAUCAACUUGGAGUUCGGGUCAUGGAGCGUUUAUUGCUUUAGGUCCAGGUCCGGGUCGGAUCGAAGUUUGCCAUUGGAUAUUCGAGAAUGAUAUGACUUGGACAAUAGCAGAUUCCUGAUUAGAAAUUUAUUGU